AUGGAGAGUCGCGGCGGCAAGCCUGGUGUCGCCGAUAGAAGGUGGUUGACGGAAAUAGAGCAAAAGGGAAGAGGAAAGGAGUUGGUUGACAGGUUGAUUCUCGAUCGAUGGAAGGAACAACCUCCAUUGUUGUCGUCGAAGAAGGUCGAAGAUGGCCGGCUGCUGGUGAUGGAAGGAGGAGGGUUGGUCGUCUGGUGGGAGAGACGAAAGGGGAAAUAA